GAUCAACAGUCUCUACCUUCUAAGGAAUGCCUCGGCUCACUGCAGCUCCUCAAACAUGACCCAGACCCAAAACCACUCACUGAAGAGCUCAUAAAAAGUACGUGUGUUGCUGAGGGUAUCUUACCAGCUGGACCCCUGAGUGGCGCUGUGGCAGGCAAAGUGAAGUUCACCACCACCCUCAGACCUCCAGAGAGUCCCUUCCUCUCCGUCAGCUGGAGCUUCAAAGGGAUUAACAUCAUCACCUCCACCAGCACCAACAUCACUGAGCCCGGACACGCCAACAGGAUCUCAUUAGACCGAGCCACGGGCUCGCUGGAGCUCAGGAACCUGGUGUUGGAGGACAGCGGGGAGUACACAGUCACCAUCAUACCAGACGGGGGGCUGCAGAAACAGGGGAAGAUCACACUCAGUGUGUAUGUUUUGGUUUCUGGAGCCACCAUCCGCAGCCCAGCAGCCAUCUUGAUCGAAGACAAAAGCUCCACCAACCUGACCUGCGAGGCCUCAGGCUCCGUUAGCACCAGAGAGUGGAUGAAGGACGGCUGGCCUCUCCGUCAGAGUGACCGAGUCCGUCUCUCCUUAGACAACAGGACGGUGUUCAUACAACCUGUUCACAGCUCCAACCAUGGCACCUACCAGUGUCGAGUGAGCAACCCCGUCAGCACCAUGACCGUGGCUCAUAACCUCACUGUUAACUUUGGACCUCAUAACAUUUCAAUAUCCGGGCCGUCAGCAGCAGCCCCGGGCCACAGAGUGGCUUUACAGUGCACAGCAGACUCUGUCCCGCCAGCAAACUUCAGGUGGACGUUCAACGGCAACGAGACUCAUGUUAAAGACUCUGCUUACGUCAUAGAGAGGCUGGAGGAAGACAGCAUCGGGAAUUACACCUGCACUGCCAGAAACAUGGUGACCAUGCUGGAAAACUCCACAAAUCUGUACCUGAGAGCAUCCUGCACUGCCCUCUGCUGGUCCUUUUCAGUGCUGCUGAUCUGCUCGCUGGCCCUGAGAGGGUUAAUGUGAGAGAAAGUAGCAGAUUCCAGCCUCCCCGAUAAGUUUUGCUUGAAUAAAUUUAAUCAACCAAAAUGUGCUCUAGAAGCAAUUUAAUUGUGACCCCAGGGACUUUGAUACUUCAGCUUGACAAUAAUAAGACAAAGUAGAAAGUCUCACACAGGACUAACCGAUAAUCAAACCUGUUAAUGAUAUAAACUUUUGGAAAUCUAUGUCAGAAAUGUCACAAAGAGAAUAAAAGUGACAUCAUGAGUCACUAAAAAUUGUAUUCUAAUUGUAUUGCUCAGUAAACAUCAUACAGCUGGAUAAUCGACAUUCAAUGUGAGUGAUAUAUGCAUGUAUUUGUAUGAAAGAGUGACAAUAAACAUAUAUGUUUUAACAUUUA